CAGUCUUGCACAGGUGUACCGGCUCCUCCCCUCCAGUCUUGCACAGGUGUACCGACUCCUCCCCUCCAGUCUUGCACAGGUGUACCGGCUCCUCCCCUCCAGUCUUGCACAGGUGUACUGACUCCUCCCCUCCAGUCUUGCACAUGUGUACCGGCUCCUCCCCUCCAGUCUUGCACAGGUGUACAGGCUCCUCCCCUCCAGUCUUGCACAGGUGUACAGGCUCCUCCUCUUCAGUCUUGCACAGGUGUACCGGCUCCUCCCCUUCAGUCUUGCACAGAUGUAUCGGCUCCUCCCCUUCAGUCUUGCACAGAUGUAUCGGCUCCUCCCCUUCAGUCUUGCACAGGUGUACCGGCUCCUCCCCUUCAGUCUUGCACAGAUGUA